AGAGCACGUUGUCUCUUAUUGACUCUGUCACUACACCACCGUCUUAAUAAUGAGUACACAAAGAGGAAAUGCGAAGAAAGGCGCACAAAAAUACCAAAACAAAACUGCGUUUAAAAAUGAUUUGCAUGACCGGACACCAAAAAUGCAACAAAUCAAGAAAGUUCAAGUAACAGGUGCUUGUCAACACUGUACAGAUGUGAUAGAAUGGAAGAUCAAGUACAGAAAAUUUAAGCCUUUGACUACAGCUAAGAAAUGUACAAAAUGUCUCCAAAAAACUGUGAAACAGUCUUACUUCAUCAUGUGUGUUCCUUGUAUGACAAAGCUUCAGGUGUGUGGAAAAUGUGGACAGAAAACAGAAAUAGCAGAAAAACCUGGGGUAUCUGAGGCAGAACAGAUGUCACAACAAAGUCAGUCUGAAGCAGAAAUAGAGUUUCUGACAGAAAGACAGAGAAGACAGUUUUUGCGGUUACAAGCCAGUGGAAAGUUGACAAUUGAAAGUUUAAAGAACCUCAAAGACAGUGAUGACAAUGACUUCUUUAAUGAUGAUGAUGAGGAGGAGGAGGAGGAGGAGGAGGAAGAGGAUGAUUUAGUGCUUGGGACUAAAACUGAGGAAAAGUUGUGCGAUACACAUGCAAUGGACAACAUUGACAUGAAUAAACUGAAAAUAGAGACAACAAAGACUGUGAUCGUUCAAUGAUACACAUUGUGAAAAGGUCUUUGAUUUUGGCCUCAUAUAUAAGGCUUCCCAGUAUCCUGGUUGCUUUGAUGAUAAGAACUAUUUGAGUUGGUUUUCAAAUGAACACCAACUUGUUAUUUAAAAAACACAAGCUGAUAUAAUAUGCCAAUAAAAUGGUUAGAGUUACCUGUACGGAAAGACACCACUGCCACCUAUUCCUUCAAAUGGAUUUUAUCUUUAUCAUGACCGAAAAAGUGAAACCAACCUGUUUCACUGAUUUUUGUUUAUUUCAAUAGAAUGGUUCCAGUAAUUUUUGUUACGAAAUGCUUGUAUUUAUAGAGAACAUUGAUUAUAUAUAAUAGUUUACUUUUUGGUUUUGAUUAAGUAUUAGAAAUAUGUUUGUAAGAUUUUAACAUUUCAGUCAGCAAUUAACAUUUCAAAUGUAAAUAUAUACACACCGAAACACAUCCUAUGGAGAAGAAACUGUCGUAUGCCUACUGAAAUAUUUUCAUCCUUGAAUCCCAAAAAAAACACAACUUUUGCCUCCUAGUGACUCCAUCUUCAUAAUAACGCUAAGGGUUUCCCUCUGAAAACAUUGACAUGGACAAGUUUUCAACUCCUAGUCUUGUUGUGUUUGCCAUUGGUGAUAGGGUGUGGAACAAACAAAGCUAAACUGCUUUCCUGUUCACUUUUAUUGUUAGGAGGGUCGUCGUUACUUGUAUGUUGGAAAUUAUAAAAAGAAAUCCCUGUAAAAUAAGGUCAGUAAACAUAGGUACUACUCAAGUAAAUACUGUAAGGACACCAGGUAAUUUAAAUUGCAAUAUACAUAAUGUCUAUAAAUGAUUCACGUUAAAUACAAGUAAUUGAUAAGUAAAAGUGGUAACACGCUUUCCAAGAUGUCUGUAAGUACACCAUGUUGUAGUUGUCAGAGUCCAGUAGGUCCUUUAAACUCCCUGGCCACAUGCUACGCGCCCGACCCAACAGACUACUAUAUGCACUUCCAUAAACACUCGGACACACCCAUGUACAAACUCACACAGUCGUGCACUCCACACUUGACAAGCCUGAACACACUGGACCAACAGACUACUGAUAUAAACAGAGUGACACAAUCAGACUCGCAUGGACACUAUAUAUAGACAUAGACAGGGAACACCCCCUUUUAACUGUGAUACACAUAAUUAACUAAAACAUGUAUUGACUAUAUAAAAAAUAACCUUAUGAAAAAUGUAUAUGAGCAGUAAUAUAAGGCCCGGAUGAAUUUUUAUACACAUGAAUACCAAGGUAAUUACAUUUAUUUUCUAGAAUUAGUUAUGUUACAUGACAUUAGCCUAACUUUUGAUUUUUCAAGGCUACAUCAUGUCUGUAGCAUGUAUUUUCAGUUGGGAAAUAUAAACCACACUAAUCUUUGCUGGAACUGAUAUGUAAUUUAAAGAGAUUAUAUCAACUACAUAAAGAAAAAUUUAAUUAUAAUUCUGUUUUCUAUCAUUUUUGCUGAUUUCAUAACUUCAGAACUAACUUAAUCUUUAGUAUGUACACUCAUCUAGGUAACCAGGGAAUGCUGGAAAGACUGAAAAACUGUAUUCAUUGUGAGAAUUCAAUAUAUAUUCCAUAGUGUACUACUGUUAUCUGCUUGAAAAUAAACAUUAAGAAUUCUA